AGACGGGUAUCGCGCCUGAUAGCAACCAGGCCGAAAGCCGCCAAGAAAGUUCGUAUUUAUUAUGAAUUAGCACACAACUAGGUAGCUAAGUUUACCGGCGUUGAGCCUCGGGUCAGAAGAAUAUUAAAUGUGGAAUGACUUGCACAAUAGAGAAAGUUUUGGCUGAUGCCAAAUUCCUAGUGGAGAGAUUGCGGGACCAUGACAAUGCAGCUGAGGUGUUGAUUGAACAGACAACCUACCUAAAUAAGCGUGUUGAAGCAAUGAAACAGUACCAGGAAGAGAUUCAGGAACUCAAUCAAGUUGCAAGACAUCGGCCCAGAUCUGCGCUUGUCAUGGGAAUCCAGCAGGAGAACCGGCAGAUCCGGGAACUACAGCAGGAGAACAAAGAACUACGCACUUCCCUGGAGGAGCACCAGUCAGCUCUGGAGCUGAUUAUGAGCAAGUACAGGGAGCAGGUUUUUCGGUUGCUGAUGGCCAGUAAGAAGGAUGACCCCGUCAUCAUUACUAAGCUGAAGGAGCAGCACACAAGCGAGAUGCAGUCACACAUGGACAAGGUCAAUGAAAUGGCAACAGUAAUGAGGAAGGCCAUCGAGCUGGAUGAGGGCAGAGUGUGUGUAGAUGAAGAAAGAAUUAAACAACUAGAGCGGGAGAAUGGAAAGCUCCGGGAACUGUUGAGCAUUAGCCAAGAUGCCUUUCUAGUCCUGAAGAAGGAGGACACUUCAGAGGGCACUUCACUGUCUGGCCUGUUGACCAGCGCAGACCUGAGGCUGAGAAAGAGCUAACGGCUCUUUCAGCUGUGACCUCCACAUCCCUUGUUGUGGGGGGCAUUUUUAAUCCUCUAGCUACCACCAUGGGGUCUGGCUCGCAUCACUGCAACAAGUCGUACCCCCUCUAUCCUAACGUUGUUUCUGUACAGCUCUAUGAGUGAGACCUUCCCAGUAUCUCUCAGUUUGGCAAGUGACAUGAAGUGCCAGACCAAGUGGAUGAAUAGAUGAUUGUUAGUUUAACUUGAAGGAAAGAUACAUCCAUUCAAGUUGCUAGAAUGCAGAUUACAUUCACAAUAUCUGAAAUUAUCUAUUUGUGGUGCUUUGGUUGAAUUAUUUAUUUUAUUGGUUAUUGGUAAAGCUGGUGUUGUGCCAUGAGUGGGGAAAUUAGGUAAACCUUUUAGAAAACUGGACAGAAAGUAUAAUAUGUUAAUUCAAACUAAACAUUCUGUUGGUGGUUUGCUUGGAUUUUCUUGUAUGUAAAUAAAAUGAGAAACCGCUUCAGCCCUGUAGCUGAUGAACGGAGAACUGAAAAUAAAACCUUAGUUAUGUUAUGAUCUGU